AUGACCCCCACAGAGGAGAUCAUCACUCCUCUAAGAUCCAACCCCGGCCUAAAAGGAACAGGUUUUAGGAAGGAAAGGCAACCAACUCGAGGCACAACUCGAUCGAGCCAAGAGCAAGCUCGAUCGAGCGACGUGAACCCGGCGAGUGGAGCGCUCCUGAUGGCCGUCUGCCCUCUCCAGACCACGACCUUGCCUCCCAGUUCUUUGGGGGCACUGAGGGUGAGAUUGAUUGAGCAGCAAGAACCAUGUUUAUCUUGA